AUGGUGUACUGGUUUAUGCGGACUGACUUGGGGCUCAUUGACAGCACCGAGAGCGAGCCCUCGGAGUCUCCCACGGAAACAGCCCUUGCCGGACCCGGACCAGUGGCGGAGAACAAGGCAUGGAUUGCGGGUGCAGUCAUCGGACCGGUGGUUCUGGCCUUGGCCUUGGCCCUGGUCCUUGGCUGCGUCUUCUACUUUCGCCCAUGGGCCAAGAAGAUGAAGAAGGCGAGGGAGGGUGCUGCAAAUACGGAUACACCACCGCCUGAGGCAUGGGGGUUCUCUGUUCCGGGAGAGCAUGCCGCACACGAAUAUCACGGCCCCGUGCCGUCUUCCGGGUUCCAGAUAGCGCCGGGAUACGCGGGGGCUGAGCUGGCGUGA